AUGCAGCGGACAGACUCAUUCUCUCGGCGCUUUAAGGGGGAUGCGGAAUUGACCGCGGCUCCUGCGUAUCCUCGCAGCCGCAGCACCGGUCAGUCCAACAGCUUCGCUCACAGACAAGCCGAUGGGGAUUACAACAGCUACAGUAACUACGAGCCAGAUGCCGGUGGUGACAAUUUCGAUUUUGAGGAGACCACGUGGUCUCCCGCUCUCUCGUCGGGCGGCGAGGUUGCGCGAGAUCGACCCACUCGUAACAACCAUCGCCGAACGCUGUCCGUGUCGUCCGCGCUGCGCCCUCAGAUCUACCACAACUUUCACGACGCUGGCGAGAACCAGAGCGUAGGUGGGGCCGUGCUGGGACUCUACGGAGAGCUGGGCAGCGCGGAAGGGGAGCUUUUGCGGCAGCGCAGCGAGCAGGCCACGAGGAUCCCGGGAUCGUCGUCCACUCCUAACGCGUAUGGCCACAGGGCCCGGUCGUCGCUCGCGGCGUCGCUGGACGGCACAGGCAGCAGCAGCAUGGGAAGCGGCAUGCGGAGCGGCAUCGGUAGCGGCAUCGGUAGCGGCAUCGGAAGCGGCAUUGGAAGCAGUGUGGUGGACAGCGAGGCGCUGUUCGCGGCGAUGCGGGGGCGGCAUCUGGGCGCGGGAUCCGCGAGCAUGGAUGUGGAGCGGCUGGCGGACGCCGCAGGGAGGGACCUGGGGGGGAGGUACGAUAGCGUGGGUGGCGGCAGGUAUGGCGGGAGCAUACGGCUGGGAGGAGGGGAGGGGCCAGGGGAGGGAGUGCUGCGGAGGGUGCUGAGUCACAGAGAGAGUGACUUCGCCAACGGUCAUGCGGGGCGACAGGACGCUUGGUCGGAUCUGUCCACUGAUCCGGCUUCCUUUUCCGCUAGCUCGUGGCGGGGCGGAGCGGACAGCUUCGCGGACCUCGUGGGGAAGCCCGGCGUAGGCUCGUCGACUCUGGACUUUAUCGAUGACGGCAUGGGGAUGGGCGCAGGGGGGGGGGCGGGAAGGCGCAUGGGCGCAGAGGAACUCCUGGGGCUGGCGGGGGAGCUCAGCCAAGGCAGAGGCGGGGGAUUUGGCGGAGCUGGCGCGGGCAUGCUGGGGUUCGCGGACGAUAAUUUGGGAGGGGGAAGCGGAGGGGGCGUCGGAGGCGGGGGAGGGGGACUAGUGGGGGGAGCGGGCGCGGGAAUGAGUGGGGGGGGCGGGGCGGGGGUGCAGCUGAAGGCGGUGUUGAAGCUGGUGGAGGCGGCGCACGCCAACGACGCGGCGCUCGUCAACAGCGUGCUGCAGGAAGCCUCGUCGCGCACCGCGCUGCUCAACGCUCUGCACCCAGCGACGGGGAGGACGGCGCUGCACGAGGCGGUGGUGGCGGGCAGCCUGGACGCGGCGGCGCUGCUGCUGGAGUGGGGGGCGGACCCCGACGGGGGCACGGCCGCCGCGGAGGGAGGGCAGUCGCCGCCGCUGAUGUCGGCGGUGCAGGCGGGCAGCGAGGAGGCGGUGCGGCUGCUGCUCACCAACGGCGCGGACAUCAACGCCACGGACGCGCGCCUCUGCUCCGCGCUGCACUACGCCUGCGCCACCGGCCACAGUUCCCUCCCCACCGCACUGCUCACCUCUUCUGCACCCCCGGCAGGUGGUGGGCGCCAACAUGCACGCACGCAACCAACCAUCUCUGUGCGCGUCCCCACUCCCUCAUCCAUUCUCACCAUCCCCCACCUCCCACAACCACUCCCACCUUGUCUUCCACCUCCGCCCCCAACCUACCCCUCCCCUCCCCCCCCUCCCCCCCCUCCUUCUCCCCUCCCAUCUCUCCUCCCCCCUUCCUUCCCUCUUUCCCGCUUUCCCCCCUCCAGGAGCAUAAUAAAGCUGCUGCUGGUGGCGGGCGCCAACAUGUACGCGCGCAACAGGGACGGGCUGCUGCCGCAGGAGCUGACCUCGUCGGACCGCAUCGGCGCCCUCUUCCGCAAGCUGCACGACUACCACCAGCGCUGCGCCGCCCCCGACUCCGCCUCCCCCGCCGCCGCCCCCCUGGACGCCGCCACACGCGCGGGCGCGCUCGGAGGGUUCCGCCAGGGGGGUGGGUUUGAGGAUGGGGACUUGCUUUCGGGGGAGCUGGGAGGCUCGGAUCUGCUGGGAGGUUCGGAGGGAGGCUUGGGGGAUAUUGGCGGGUUUAGGCCUGAGCUGGGGCGGUCUGGGUCGGGGAGACGGUUGGGGUUGGGUUUGGGUGGGGAGGGGGAGGAGGAUGGGGGAAUGGGGGGGGAGUUUGAGGGGAUUGCAGGGGGCGGGGGGAGGAGUCAGAGGGGCGCAGCGUGGCUGGCGGAGCUGAGGGCGCGGACUGGCUUUGAUGCAGGCGAUGGGGGCAGGGACGGUGGCGGAAACAGAGAGCUGUUACGAUGCGUCAGCAGCAACAGCGGCAGCCAGGGCUUCGGGCACAGCAACAGUCUGAACCAGAACCAGAGCGAGAGACCCCAAGCCCCGCACCAGCGCCACUCGCAGCAGCAGGGCUAUGGCAGUGGCAGCGGCAACGGCAGGGAGGGGAGGGGGGAAGGCGCAGAGUGGCUUGGCGGCGAGGGGCUGGAGAGCAAAGAGGAGCUGUUCCAGAAGGCGUGGGAGCACGACAGGGAUGACGACACCACCUCGCCUACCUUCCCCAUCUCCCUCGCUCCCAUCGGUGUUGGUAGGGCGGGUGGGGAGCAGCACGGCAGUGGACAGGAGAGGGGAGGGGUGCGCGGUGUGGGGGGCGGAAGGAGGGGGGAGGAUGGGCGAGAGGCGUGUGAUAGCUCGAGUGAGACGGACGGCGGUGGUGAGCGGCGGCGACGGGUGGGGGUGCGACGCGCAGGCCACCGCCCCUCGCCCUCCCCAACCUCGCUCUCCCCCCUGCUUGCCAGCAGCCCCACCCACGGCUCCCCCAGCAGCGCGGCCUCCCCUGCUGGAGGCUCGGAUUGCCUCUCGGAUGCGGACGGGCCGAACUCCCAGGGGGCUGCGCAGAGCAGAGCGGGCGCAGAGGCAAGACGAGCAGCAGCAGGGGGGGGGCAUAUAGGCAGGAGAGAUGGGGCCGUGGGCACAGGAACAGGCGCGGGGGCGGGGGGUGCGCCUUCCAACGAUUCUGGUGGGACCGGUGUUGACGAUGGUGUGGGGUUAGAUGCGGUGGAAAGGGGUUCGGGCGAGAGGGGGUCGAAGCUGGAGAACUUUCGUCUGGACGCACAGUAUGGGUCGGAGACAGAGGGCAGGCGGGCACCAGACGCCAGGCCGCUGCUGCGAGUGGGCAGUCUGGGGGAGCGACACAUAGAGAGCAUGCGAGCGGUGGCAGCGGAAGGGGUGGGGGUAGGGCUGGAAAGAGGCAACGGCAGGCAGCAACAGCAGCAUGUGAGGGAUCUCAGGCUGACUGGUGCGUUGGGUAGUGACAAGGGCAGGGAGAGAGGGGGCGCGAGGGAGCGAGGUGCGGAUGGAGGGGGCGAGGUGUCGACGAGUGAUACUGAAGUGUCGGUAAAGACGCCGCUCUCCGCCCGCCUGCCGUCCGCGCACGCGUCGGGUGGGUGGCGGCGAGCGUCUUCAGUGCGCGGGGAGAUUCUGACGGAUGGCGAGAGGGCGGCGAUGGGGGAGAGGAAGGCUCUGCAGCCGUCAGGGCAGGGCGACGACGGCUCCCCAAACCAGCAUGGGCGGCAGAGGGGCGAGAGCGAGGGCGAGAGCGACGGGGGGUCGGGGAAGGAGGAGACGGAGAGUGGCAGCGAGGGAGGCGGGGUGAGGCGGCAUCGGCGGUAUGGCGACCGGCGGAUGUCUCCCCGCCCUCCUGUGUCCCCCCGCCGGCGAGCAGCCGUUGCUGCUGCUGCUGCUGCAGGGGGGGUUGCAGGGCAUGGGAAACCGGGCGCAGGAGGGGAUAAGGAGGGCGAAGAGAAGGGUGACGCGGCGGGCAGAGGGAAGGUGUCGUCUGGUGCUGGUUCCCCCUCGUCUCCCUCCUCGCCUGCUACCUCCUCCCCCUCCGCGCCCUCCCCUUCCGCCUCCCCGCCCAACCAGUCCUCCCCCCUGGCCUCCCCCGUCACCCCCUCGCCCCGCUCCCCUUCCACAACCUCCGCCUCGCCUCUUUCUGGCAAGGCGGAUGGCAGUGGGGAGGGCGGGGAGGAGAAGGGUGCGGAGAAGCAGGCAAAAGCGGGGGAGAAGGGCGGAGGGGGGGACGGGAAGGCGAGCAGAGAGGCAGUGGGGGAGGAAGGGAAGAAGCAGGAGGGUGAAACAGGGCAUGAGAAGGGUGGGAAGAUGGAGGGACGAGCAGAGGAGGGGAGUGCAGGUAGUGGCAGUGAGGGGAAUGAAAGUGACAGCAAGUCCCCCUCCCCUUCCUCCUCUUCCGCCACCACCACCAGCACCGCCACCACCACCACCACCUCCACCUCCUCCUCUUCCUCUUCCUCCUCCUCUCCCUCCACUGCCACCACCAGUGCCACGUCAAUGACCACCUCUGCCAGCGUGGCAAAGGCCCUGGCAGACUCGGCGUCGGUGUCCAUGUCAGCAUCCCCGCUGGGCACGCUCAAGUGGAAGAAGGGCGACCUGCUGGGGGAGGGCGCGUUUGGCAAGGUCUUCCUGGGGCUGAACGAGAUGACGGGAGAGCUGAUGGCAGUGAAGCAGAUCAAGAUGACGACGGCGGGCGAUGAGAAGGCCAUGCUGAUCGCGUCCCUGGAGCGCGAGAUUGUGCUGUACCGCCAGAUGCGCCACCGCCACAUCGUGGGGUACAUUGACAUGGAGAAGGACGAGGCCGACGGCUCCAUCUACAUCUUCCUGGAACUUGUCUCUGGAGGAUCGCUGCACAGCAUGCUGGAGAAGUUUGGCAAGUUCAGCGAGUCGCUGGUGCGCGUGUACACACGGCAGCUGCUGCUAGGGUUGGAGUAUCUGCACGGGUGCAAGAUCAUCCAUCGGGACAUCAAGGGUGGCAACGUGCUCGUGGACCGCGAUGGGGUCAUCAAGCUCGCUGACUUUGGCGCCUCCAAGGCGUUUCACGAGGGCACGGUGGGAGAGGGGUGCAAGUCGAUCCGAGGGUCGGUGUUCUGGAUGGCACCCGAGGUCAUCAAGGGCGAGGGGUACGGCCGCCGUGCUGACAUCUGGAGCCUCGGCUGCACCGUUAUUGAGAUGCUCACUGGCAGCCACCCAUGGCCGGGAAUGGACAACACGUGGUCGGCCAUCUUCCACAUUGCCAAGACCACCACGGGCCCGCCCAUUCCCGAGGGCAUAUCGGACGAGGGCCGCGAGUUCCUCGAGGCGUGCUUCCACAUAGAGCCCUAUGAUAGGCCCUCCGCCACCGAGCUUCUGAAGCUACAAUUUGUUCAAGUUCCUGACACCCCUAGGGAUGCGCGCAUGGCGCAAUUUCUCUGA